AGUAUAUUCAUUUGUGUUAAUUUUCGUCCUGAUUUACUCAAUUCUAUAAUAAUUUAAACUGUGUUUAUAAGUAAUAUCUACCAAAUUUCAUAUAUUGGACGAUCAUGGAAUAGCAGGCAAGGAAACUUUUGGGACAAGCGAUAACAAAUCAAUACUUUUAGAAAAAGACUUACCUAAAAGCGUUGACUCUGGCUAGCUUAUAUGUCCUUUGAUCUUAACAUUGAGACGCUUUACACUUUAAUACAAAUAGUUAACACUAUUAUCUAGGUAUGAAUGACAAGUAGAUUAUUUAAGAUUUCUUCAAACGUAAGUACAAUGUAUUUAGCGUUUAAAUACCGAUAUAUGAUCGAAACAAAAGUAUUCAUUAACAGCAUAACAGAUUAAGAAAGAAUUUACAUAUGUAGCUUAGAACAACAUUUUAUCUUUAGCCUUGAUUAAAGAAAAAGAAACACUGAUGUCAUAAUAUUUUAAUAAUACUAGAAUAUAAGAUUCAUAGGCAAUGUUACAUCCUAAUAAAAUAUUGGAGAAUAAAAAGAAAAAUAGCAGUAGCAAAGCUAUCAUAGAAUUAUUGCAUGGCAUAUUCUCUAUAACAUUUUUCCAUUAUGUACAGCUGCAUUUUAUUUUAUAUUGAACGGUAAAUCAACAGAAGAAUACUUAUUAGUUUAAUAAAUAUGAACAACUACAAGAUUAGGGAGCUAAUACAACAGCAAAAACUUCAAAAUUUAAUCAAAUAAUAGAGUUGCGCAUUUGAAGACAAUAUAAAGAAGCUUGAAUCAUAUAUAUCUUUUUAGCAUGCAUAACAUAAGAAUUAACAGUAAUGAUAUGAUGGUAUUGCUU